UAUACGAGACAAUCAUGGCGGACGUUGAAUCCUCUGUAAGGUCCGCUACAAAGAGAACAUCCAUGUGGCUACUGACAUGUCUGAUCUUUUGGCUCAAUAUUUCGCCCGUUUGGCCCUUCUAUUUGCCUGGAAUUGCUCCGAUUGAUUACCAAAAAGGCGAAAAACUUGAUGUUAAGGCUGUAAAAAUGACCAGCAUCAAGACACAGCUGCCCUUUGAGUAUUACUCUAUUCCUAUUUGUAAGCCUGACAAUUUACAGUACAAGCCAGAAAACCUUGGGGAAGUACUUCGCGGUGACAGGAUUGUGAAUACUUUAUAUGAGAUUAGAAUGGCUCAAAACAAGAGUUGCACUUUACUCUGCAAGCAAACAACUGUGAAUGCAGAGGAAUCUACAAAACUUUCCAAGCUGAUAUCAGAUGAAUACCAUGUUCACAUGGUUAUUGAUAAUCUACCUGUGGCAACAAAAUUUGUUCUUGAGACUGGUCAGGUCCAGUAUGAUCAUGGGUUUAAACUAGGAUUUUCUAGGGAGAAGGAGACUUACCUUAACAAUCAUUUAAUGAUGAUCCUCAAAUAUCACACUUAUGAUGAUGUUACAUUCCGUGUUGUUGGAUUUGAAGUACAAUCAAAAAGUGUGGCAACAGAUGCUAUAGCUGUGGAAGCAAAUAGUAAUAAGUGUUCCUUUUUGAGUGACAAGCUUUCCAGUCAGCUGCGCAUUACUCCUGACCAGGACAAUGCUGUGCUAAUGACGUAUUCUGUAACUUGGGAGGCCAGUGACAUUGUCUGGGCUUCACGAUGGGACACAUAUCUAGCCAUGAGUGAUGUUCAGAUCCACUGGUUUGCUAUUGUCAACUCUGUUGUGAUUGUCCUGUUUUUGUCUGGUAUUGUCUCCAUGAUAAUGAUAAGGACAUUACGACGUGACAUUGCACGUUACAAUAAAGAAGAAGAAAUGGAAGAUACCAUGGAAGAGACAGGGUGGAAAUUAGUCCAUGGUGAUGUGUUCAGACCUCCUAAAAGGGCGUGGUUACUGACAGCAUUUGUGGGCUCAGGAGUGCAGAUCUUUUUCAUGGUUCUCAUUACUCUGGUGUUUGCUAUGCUUGGAAUGUUGUCACCUGCCAGUAGAGGAAGCCUUAUGACAGCAAUAAUAUUUCUCUAUGUCUUCAUGGGUGUUUUUGCUGGAUAUUUCGCUGCUCGACUCUACAAGACAUGCAAGGGCCAAAACUGGAAGAAAUCUGCAGUACUGACGGCUGCUUUGUAUCCAGGAGUUGUUUCUGCAGUCUGUUUUAUCCUGAACUUUUUUAUCUGGGGACAGCAUUCUUCUGGAGCUGUUCCCUUUACAACCAUGCUUGCUCUUCUCUGUCUGUGGCUGGGAAUUUCAGUUCCCCUUGUCUUCAUUGGAUACUACUUUGGAUACAGAAAGCAUCCAUAUGAACACCCUGUGCGAACAAACCAAAUUCCUCGGCAAGUUCCUGAUCAGGCCUGGUUCAUGAGUCCCUUGCCAAGCAACCUGAUGGCUGGAAUUCUCCCCUUUGGUGCUGUGUUUAUUGAGCUCUUCUUUAUUUUAUCUGCAAUCUGGGAAAAUCAGUUCUACUAUUUGUUUGGUUUCUUGUUUUUGGUGUUCCUGAUCCUUGCCAGCUGCGUUUCACAGAUUUCUAUAGUGAUGAUUUACUUCCAGUUAUGUGCUGAGGAUUAUCACUGGUGGUGGAGAUCGUUCUUUAUGUCUGGUUCAUGCUCCAUCUAUGUAUUCUUUUAUGCAGUAUUCUAUUUUGUUACUAAACUUGACAUCCAAGAUUUUGUCCCAGGUCUUUUGUACUUUGGCUACACAUUUAUCAUGGUUUUGUCCUUCUGGUUGCUAACAGGAACAGUUGGAUUUUAUGCCACAUACCUGUUCAUCAGGCACAUUUAUGCAGCUGUGAAAAUUGACUGAGUUGGGCUAGCACACAAUGAACCAAGUUAUAGCGACAUUUGUAACAGCAACUAAUACUACACAAGGGAGGAAAUUUGGUAGUAAUGGACUGGUUUUAUUUCCAACAUACAUGCAUACAGAGAUACUGUGUGCCUAAGAUGUCAUCUGUUGUUUUGGUAAUGAACACAUUUACCAAAUUUGAAUGUUCAGCAUUCUUCACUGAAGACUUUUUUUCGUCUAAAAUUUACUAGUGAGAUAAUUUACUGUACACUGUUAAACUUAAUUUUUCUUUGGCUUGUGUUAAAGUAUGAGAAAAUGAUUUUUUUUAACAGAUCAAUUCUUUUAUGUAAGUUUUCAGACAGGCUUUGCUUGAACAAAUAGUUCUUUAACUCCUGUUGCCCUUGCACUCCCAGUGGUGACAAAUGCAUACCGGUACUUUCCCUUUACAAUAUCAAUACAAUGUCAAGCAGACAAGUGAUGAGAAUAUCAAUUAGAGACUUAUCGUUUCAUCCAAUACAGAACUAGAAGUAUAAGGAAUAUGUGGUAGAUAGUAUGGAGAAUUACAAAACAAAUCUUCAGAGCAAACAGUUGAGUGACCAACAUCUAAUUUCUCUGGACAGUAUCACUGCUGGAUCUAACAUUUAGGUCGUGGAAAAAAAAAAAAAUAAAGAGGUUGCCAACUAAGGAAGCCCUUGAUUGAUAAACAAAUUCUCCAUUUUAGAACUAUAAGAAAUGUAUAGAGAACAGCAAGGAGGAUAUGCACAUUGAUGCCAGGUUGUAAAGGGUUAUUUAAUCAUUAUCAUUGAAAAGAUAAUUAUUGCUUUUAGAAAA